AUGGGUUGCGAUGGUGGAACGAUACCAAAGAGAUGCGAGUUAGUUCGUGAGAAGAAAAAACCGGAAAAAGUCGACAAAGAAAUCGAGUUAAAUGCCAAAUGGUUUCACUGCGCCAUUAGCCAACAAGAACUGUGUGAGCCUAUUGUAUGUUGUGAAUUGGGCAAGCUGUAUCGUAAGGAAUCAGUGUUAGAGUAUCUGUUGGAUAAAUCCAAAGCCACAACUGAUACUGCAAAACAUAUUCGCAGCCUUAAGGAUAUCAAGCAACUUGUCUUGACCAAAAAAAUCCGCAAAGUACCGAAAGACUUCAAAAAUAAUGGCCAUGCUGCAAACACAUAUCACGACUUCCAAGCAUCUGAUUACAUCUGCCCGAUUUCCGGUUUGGAAAUGAAUGGCCGCUAUCGCUUCUGUUUUUCCUGGAAAUGUGGGUGUGUUUUCUCAGAACGUGGGUUGAAGGAGGUUCCUUCGGCAUCUUGUCAUAAUUGCGGAACACCAUUCGCUGAGGAAGAUCUGAUCAUUAUAAAUGGUAGUGAGGAUGAUGUCACCAAGUUGCAGGGAGGAAUGCUUGAACGACGCCAAAAAGCAAAAGAAGAAAAGAAAUCUAAAAAGUCCAAGAGAGCAAACGGCGAAGCCCUGGACACAGCUACCAAAGAUUCCAAGAAAUCCAAAAUUGAUACAUCAUCGUCAGUUUCCCAAACUACAUCAUCUACCUUAAGAUCAGAGUCAAACAUGAAACCACCAAAAUCUAAAACUAAGUCAUCAUCCACAAUUACUAAAGCAGAAAGUUCUUCAAAUGGUGACAAAACUCUCGCUUACUCCAAAUACAAGUCUGUAGCUGCUAAUCCAGAGGCAAGCAAAGUGUUCAAGUCGUUAUUUAGUUCCAGUCAUAAGGAGAAACCUGGACAGGCAAAGCCACAUUGGGUAACAUAUCAAUCGUACCACUGUUAA